AUGUUCAACCUUGGUGCCUUUGCCUCUCUCGUCUAUUUGACGCAAGUGGCUUUUCCGGGGGGCAUUGCGCAAACCAAUGGUUCCGAGCUUUUGGACAUUGUUCCAAAGCGCGAGAUUUUCUACGUCGGCGGACGCUACACCAACAUCACGGCGAGUCUCGAGUCCCCGGCCAUGGUAGGGCAAAUUUACGUCGAGAAGCUUUCCCCCAAUCCAGCCCCGGACAGCCCACCACUUCCCAUCAUCUUCAUCGCCGGCGCGGCUCAGACUGGCACCAACUUCCUCAAUACCCCAGAUGGACGGCCAGGAUGGGCAUCCUAUUUUAUCUCCAAAGGUCACACAGUCUACCUCUCAGACCAGCCUGCACGUGGUCGCUCCCCGUGGCUCCCGGGACAGGGAAAUAUCGGCUACAUUGGCUCCCCCAACUCGGUCUCUGACAUAUUCACCGACGCGGCAAACAACGGCAACCAAUGGCCGCAGGCGAGGCUUCACACGCAAUGGCCCGGCACUGGUCGUAUCGGCGACUUAACCUUCGACACUUUCUACAGGAGCCAGGUGCAGUUCCAGACUGACCGCUUCCUGAGCGAAGAACAAAAUGCCCAGGCAUAUUCGGCUCUAGUAGACCGCGUAGGCAACUGCUAUGUCUUCAGUCACUCGCAGGCGGGUGCAUACGGUUGGAGGGUCGGAGACAUGCGCCCACAUCUUGUCAAGGGUAUUGUCCAGCUCGAGCCGUCUGGACCACCCUUCAUACUCCGCCCGCCGAUAGGACAUGGUCCAGCUUUCGCUUUCGGUCUAACAGACCUCGCCAUCGAAUACGAGCCGUCCGCAAGGAACAAUGCUGAACACAUUGAGACAACGAUCGAGCCGGCAAUCGACGCCGAUCACGACGAGUGCAUCAUGCAGAAGUCGCCAGCGAAGCAGUUGACUAAUCUGGCCAAAAUCCCAGAACUGGUCGUCACUGGCGAGGCAUCAUUCCAUGCGCCAUACGACUACUGCACCGUGAAAUACCUGGAGCAGGCUGGUGUAGACGUAGAAUACGCGGAUCUGGGCAAGGAGGGCAUCCAUGGCAACGGACACAUGUUCUUCAUGGAGAAGAACAACCUUGAGAUUGCAGGCCGGGUGUACGAAUGGCUGAAAAGGCACUAA